AUGAAGCUUUCAAUCACACUAGUCACUCUGCUGACCGGACUGACCGCCGGAAGCCCUGCCAAGAUCGACAAGCGGGAGACAGACUACGGGGGAGAACCUCUUAAAGAAUACUGCGCCAUCAUCGGGCUUGAAGCUGAUACCAUCAAGGUAACUGAUGAAGGAAUUGCAGCGACAUGUCGUUCUGACCCAGCUGUUCCUCCCAAAACCCUCCAGUCGCGUGAAGACGGGGCAAAGUUUUGCGAGAAGCUCGGCAUGCAAUUCAGUACGUCUGGGAGCCUUGACACAGCCAUGAAGUCUCCGCAGGUUUGGUGCAAGUACGCCGACGACGGCGAUAGCAACGCCACCGAGCUCAUCGCCAAGUACGCAGACGAAAACGGCAACGUUAACCAAGAGAACCUCAAGGACUUCCUCAUGGGGCUAUCGAGAGAUGCGCCUGGAACAGUAACCGGCCUAUACAAUGCUCUCAAAGCCGCACCCUCCGUGACCAAGAGCAAAUUCGGCCUAGGCGGAGCUUCGGGUACUGCCGGAGGGGCGGCGACAGUCGCGUACGACUUCAUAAUGGCCAAUAUGAAACCAGGCGGCUUGUUUGGCGCCGACACAAGCUUCGGCCGGUGGCUACGAACGAACCCCAUCUACGGCGCGUCCGGAACCCGGUCAUCGCCGUUUGACACGACGGGAAAUGUCAUGGUGUACUACAAGCCAAACACAAAGUUGUGCAUACCCUUCAAAGACGAGAGUAGUGUAUUCUGGAGCACAUCCGUUAAGAGAUGCAAGUUUUGGCACGACAAGAAAGACUGCGAUACGUCCUACGCGUACGAUGCCAAGACGGAUAUCGGCAAGGAACUGCGAGAAAGGUGCACCAACGAGCUUGACAGAAACGGACUGCCCGAGAAGGAGAGGGAAGAGCAGAUGCGCAGGGAAGAAGCGGCAUGUAUUCGCCCCCGGUGGGUUUGCGGCAGCUUGGGUAAGCGUUUAGGAGAUCCGUUGAACUUUCAGUACUGCAUGGACGACUCUGAGGCAGCCAAGAAGGCGUGCGAUCUAGCCGGCUGGACUUAUAGAAUCGGGCGGAUGAAGACUAAGGCCGAGGAGGAGCAGGAGAGGGAGGAGCGACUGCAAAAGGAGGAGUCGGAGUGUUUCCAUCCUCGGCAGUCUUGCAGGAAUGUGUAUAGCAAGUUUCUGUACUGCAUGAGGAAUGAUUGGGAAGAGAAGGAAAAGUGCAGAAGAGAAGACUGGAGACCGACUGAGCAGCCGACAAAAAGUAGCGAGUGCGUCAAGAUCAAGUCGCACCGGGUACCUGGCGGCCCUUAUUAUACUGCCGUCUGUGUGCCUGAGGGUGAGGGCAAGGCCUAG